CCCCGAGGUGCUCCCGCCCCCCGGCAGAGGCAACGAUGAAGAUAGAGAAGGCAAAUGCAGGACAUCUCACCAACUUCGAAGUUCUGGACUUCCUGCGAACUAGAGGUGCAAAAACCGAUCCAAUGGGGUGUUUGGGGGCCGUUGCCGCAUCGGAGUGUAAGGUAUACGAGUUCCUCCUGAAAACUCCUGCCUGCAACCAGACAAAGGAAUCGGUUUCUGAAUUCGCAAAGAGAUGCGAGGGCUUCAAGCUUACUCAAGCGGAGAAGCUAAACAUAAUCAACUGGAGACCGUCCUCGGUUCCUGACGUCUAUUCGAUGGUAGAGGAGUGUGCGAAAAGAUUUUGCAGAGAUGAGCAAGGAGCGCCAUGUGACGGGGAAGAACGUGCCACAGAACUUUUGAAUCUUGUAAAUGAGGUUUUGCCACCAGCACCCACUGAGCCUGAGGAUGAAGUGAUGGAGGACGCCUGAAAGGGUCAGAUUCUCGACGUCAGAUACAUAUUGUCAGAUCAGCCCGUAGCUUAUGUCUACAUACAUGUUCUAGAGUAACAGCAGUUCUUAGUGGCAGAAGACCAUGUUGUCUGAUGCAUCCAUGCUAGAAACGAAGAUUUUACUUGGGAGUUUCAGUGGCAGUUGAGGCUCUGUUCGUCCUUGUUGGAAACGAAAAUGAACUAAAAGAGACUAAGCAUUUUCUUUACGAUGUGAUAGUGUAGUACCCAAUUUUCAUGAAUGAUCCAUCCCUUCAUGCGCCCACAUUCCCACACA